UGUCAAUUCUCUUUUAAUUACACUGCUUGAGUAUAUUUAUUAAAAGCAUAUGUCUGAUAUUAUUUAAAAACCAAAAUUUUCUUAUUAUGGGGAAAAGAGCGGGUCAGCUUUUUACUCAAGACUCAAAAAAACAAAAAAUUUUAGAUACGUCUGAAAGAGUUAAAGAAUCAGAAAGAUGUUUAUAUUAUACGAAUAAAAUUAAAAUACCAGAUAUGUUUAAUGUUAAUGCUAUGUAUUUAAAGGAUAUUCUAAGUAUGAAUAAAGAAGAGUAUGUUUCUUCAGCACAUUUUAAUUAUUGUAUUGAUAUAAAUUGGCUUACAAGCCAAUAUCCUGAUGAAAAUAAGAAUAAGCCUAUAUUAAUUAUUCAUGGUUUUAAAGGGAAUGAUAAAGAAAUGCUAGAAAACAGCAGUAAAAUGUACAGUAACAUAAAUUUUGUUCAAGCUAAACUUAAUAUACCAUUUGGCACCCAUCACACCAAAAUGAUUUUUAUUUUAUACAAGGAUGGAUUGAGAGUCAUUAUACUUACAGCAAAUAUGAUACAAGAAGAUUGGGAUGCAAAAACACAAGGUUUUUGGAUAAGUCCCAAGUUCCCUAUCCAGAAGGAUAAAAAAUCUUGUGACGAUUUUGAUUUUAAAAAAGAUUUGCUUGCAUAUCUUGCUUCAUACCAGUCUCCAAAGUUAAAAACUUGGGAAAAUCAUAUCCAAUCCCAUGAUAUGUCUUUAGCUAAUGUUAAAUUAGUGGCAUCUGUUCCAGGCAGACACAUUGGAAAAAAUAUAAAUGAAUGGGGACAUUUAAAAUUACGAAAUAUCUUAAGUAAACAUGGUCCUAAAGAUGACAAGAAGGAUAUAAUUAUAGGUCAAUGCUCUAGCAUUGGCUCUUUAGGAAGUAAAAAAGAAUCAUGGUUGUGCAAUGAAUUUUUAGGCUCCUUACUACAAAUUGAAAGCACCACAAAAAAAUUUUUUGAUAAAAAUUAUAAACCACAACAUUUACAAAACACAACAGCUAAGAAUGAUUCAUUUCAUUUGGUUUUUCCAACUUUGGAAAACGUUAAAAAUAGUUUUGAAGGUUAUAUAGCUGGGGGAUCUAUACCUUACUCAAAUCAAACUCACUCAAAACAAAAAUAUCUUUCGGAUCAUAUGUGCGAGUGGAAAUCGAAUGCUUUAGGGCGCUCCAGGGCCUCGCCGCAUAUCAAAACGUAUGCUAGAAUCAGUGAAGAUGGAACGAAAUUGCGUUGGCUUUUAUUGACAAGCGCUAAUCUUUCAAAAGCCGCGUGGGGAACCCUAGAAAAGAACAACACGCAAUUAGCUAUAAGAUCUUACGAGUUGGGAGUUUUAUUUUUACCAAAAUUUUGUGGAAUCCUUGAUCAAGAUUAUUUUAACUUAUCGGGAAGUUAUAUAAAUAAUGAGAUCAAACAAAUACCUCGAAUGUAUUUGCCUUACGAUUACCCUUUAGCCAAAUACAGUUCAAACGAUAACCCCUGGUUUGUUGAUUUGGAGCAUGGGCCAAAAGAGAGAGAUAUUUUGAAUAACACUUGGCCGCCUAAAUAAAUUUUUUUAAAUAUACUGAUCGAUUUUAUUUUUUUAAUAAGUUUACAUAUUAUUGUUAAUUUAUUCACUAAUUUUUAUAUUUUGUAAAUAAAAUUAAUACAGAAAGAUGGAGAAUUAUGGGUAUUUAUUUGCAUAAAAUUAUCAA